AUGACCCUCAUCAACUCCGCGGCCUCCCUCUGGAGCACCAUCGUAUCAACCCACAGCCCCCUCACAAUCGACCUCGUCGGCACCCUCCUCGUCCAGCUCAUCUUCUGGUGGAUUCCCUGCACAGUCUUCCUCUCCCUCGACACCCUCCUCCCCGCCUUCUCAGCAAGGCACAAGCUCCAACCACCCCCCAAACAGCCCUCCGCCGCCGAAAUCCUCCACUCCAUCGCCAUCUGCCUCCGCAACCAGCUCCUCGUCCUCGUCCUCCAUGCCACUCUCCUCUAUGCAUCAUCAUCAUCAUCAUCCUCACACUCGCAGCAAAGGAUCCGCAUCGACCCCCGUCUCCCCUCCUUCUCGGAACUCACAGCCCACAUCCUCCUCAGCGUCCUCCUCCGCGAACUCCUCUUCUACACCUCCCACCGCGUCCUCCACCACCCGCCCUUGUACCGCCGCUUCCACAAGACGCACCACCGCUUCACCGCCCCCGUCGCCUUCGCCUCGCAGUACGCCCACCCCGUCGAGCACCUGGGCGCAAACGUCCUGCCCAUAUUGCUCCCGCCCGCGCUCCUGCGCGCGCACAUACUCACCAUGUGGGCGUUUCUGGCGCUCCAGCUCGUCGAGACGGCCACGGUGCAUAGCGGGUACGACUUCUUUGGCGGGCUCGCGAGGAAGCAUGAUCGCCACCAUGAGCGGUUCGAUGUGUAUUUUGGCGGCAUCGGGCUCCUGGAUUGGGCUUUGGGGACGGAUGAGCGAGAGGGUUUGGAGAGAGGGAAGACGCAAUGA